GGUUUAUGCUGUGCACUCUUUUGACGCACAUCAUAAUAGUAAGGCUGUGAGCAGCAUCACACCAUUAACAUUGGCCGUCUGAAUGUGUUGCUAUACUCAGUAUCAUGUAUACAGUUUGCUGAAUUGGCUUCUUUACGACGACAUUCGUUGUGCUUUAAAUGUGUCUCAGCACAAGUGUCAUUGAUAACUGGAUUUGUUCGAAAUGUUGUUUGAUUUCUAAUGAAAAUCAUAAAAAAAACUAGCAUUUUCUUAUUGCUUAAGGGAACAGCAGCUAGUGUUGAAUCGAAAGUUGUGAUUUUGUGAUUUGAACAACGACUGAAUGAACCUCUGUACAAGCUCUUUGUACCAAUUAGACUAAGUUAAAAGUAUGAAACAUAGCAACACUGCUCAUCAAGAGGUGUAACAACAUUGAAGCUAGAGCAUAAGUUCACCAGCAGUCCAGGGAAAAAUGUUAAACCAUUCAACGAAGAUUGGAAAAAGUAUCGCCUUAACUUCAUUUCCAAUUGGUAUGUUUUCUUCGCACAAAACACAAGAGAGUAUCUCAAAUUGUUUUAUUGAUACUUUUAGGUGUUCUCAAAACAGUGUAUCGCAACGUGAUACGAACGACAAGCCUAAAUUGAGUCGCAAUUGAAUUGUGUCAACAUCGUAUGUCGAUUGAAUCAAAGAGCUGCUGGCUCAAUUGAAUCAGAAAAACGUGCACUUCCUCUUUCAUAAUGAAAAGAAGUCAAUUCGAUUCGACGGAUAGUGAUCUGAAGGAUGUACAAUCACCACAGACAAUGGCCGAGAAGAAAAGUCGAUGGGAUGUACGAGAAGGGUGCACGGUUGAAUCUAAAAAAGAGACACAUCCGAAAGUUGAAAGUGAAUCGGAUGACAUUACACUUGAUACAAAAGUUGCGUGUUUUAUUUGUGGUCGGAAGGGUCCACUUCGUCGUUUGACCAAUCAUCAAAUGACUGCUCACUCAGCACUUCAGUUCAUUCCACCGGAACCAAAUGCAAUUACAUGCAGCCUUUGCAAUUAUGCUAUGCCCAGCGCAUCAUUGGAACGCCAUCUAAAACGCAAACAUCCAACGGAAUACAGCAAAAUGCAGAAGCAGAAAAUUGCUCAAAUUUUGGCAACGACAAAUCAGCCCAUGAGCUCUGUGACCAACACACCUGUAGCGGAUACACCGAAGGGUGACCAUGUAUUCGAACGAAUGCCGAAGAAUGAGCCAGUAUCGAAGAACGAUGAAGGGCCAAAGAAUGAGCAACAACCGAAGGACUAUGAUGUGCCGAAGAAUGAUGAAAGUCUGAAGUACGAGCAAGCACCAACAAUUGGAGAGCAUUUGCCGAAAGAAAAACGUACGCCAAAGCCAGCUACAUUACCAACGCAGACAAUUUACAUUAAAACCCAAUCGAUGGUUAGUGUUGAAGAGGAUGAUGAUGGUUUCUUUGACUUGGUCAUCACUGAAUUUGGAGAAUAGUAAUCGAUUUUAGGGUGAUGCGUGACCUAAAUGAAGAAAAAGAAGAAAAAAUAAAGAAAAUAUCAACAGAAGGAAAAAAAAAUAGCUCACAGAUUGUGUGAAUGAAAAAAUGCUUCUAGUAAAAUUGUCUGACAUUGAAAUUAGAACUUGAACAAGGCAACGAAAAUGUAAAUGUUAGAAAUAAAUGUGCCUGCAUUAGCUUUAAGUCCCUAAAUUGAUAUCUCGAAAAUUAGAUAUAAAAGCUCAAAAAAUCAAGAAUUUUCGUUGACAAUCGAAAAAUUAAAUGUUAUGCAUUGAAGAAAAUAGAAUUUGAAGAGAGCUGGAAAAAGAGCGAAAAAUGUUUAUAAAAUCAAAUAUUUUCUAGGUAAAACGAAUCAUUUAAUUUUUCCCGCUUUGAGCGCCUUCCAUUGGAAAGUGUAUCAACAAUAACACUGGAAUUGAUGGAAAUGUCACAAUUAAGCUGAUAUAGCUGAUUAUGCGAAAUGUGACAGUUUGCCGCAAAAUAGUCAUUGAGUCGCACAUCUUUUUGUAUUUUUUUUUUCUAAAAUCACAGUUUUUUCAUUGAUGUGAAUGGCAUCGCAAUCAAAUCGAAGUUGAUAUCGAAAAUUGGUGUAAAAACCAUGUCACAGGAGUUUUUCAAUAGCACUGAAGGUGAUUGGUUCCUAUCAAAUCUGAGUGACAAUGAUGCAAUGAAUUGGAAUAACCCAUCGGUGGCGGGAGUAUUCCAGAAUCCACCAAAAAACCAAAUUGAUUCGCUAUUUACCCGUGUCCAGCAUCGUCAUUUCGUGUGUGGAGCGUGUGGCGAAAAGAUUCCCGAAGAGAAUCUGACUAAUCAUCAUUCGGUGAAGCAUUCUCGAGUGCCUUUUAUCAUGGAUAUGUACGAAUUGUUCGAGAUUGACGAACAGUUUCAGUGUUUGUGUUGCAAUUACGAAAUACUUGAAAGCAAUUUUCAAACACAUUUGGAACUGUUCCAUCCAGAAGUGAUGGCUAACUGUGCCAAUGAGAAUGUGCCGUUGGGCCAUGAGCCUCUUUACAGCCAUGAAACUAAUCCACAGUCGACAUCCGAGUACGUCAACCCUGAGCCCAAUCAACAAUCCACAUUCGACUAUCCGAUCCAUGGUGCCAAUCAACAAACAAUAUACAGCGAUGCUACUUCGAGAUUUUACAGAUGUAAGGCCUGCCCUUCCAGCGGUAUAAGCCAAUCGAAUUUAAACAGACACCGUUCACGAGUUCAUCCCAAUAUUCCAGCCGGCACUGACCUGUUUCAACUGAUUAAAGUCUUGACAAAGAUAAAGUGUGACGUUUGCAAGAAAGAAAUUAAAUCGGAUCGAAUUGAAAAGCAUCGCUUGAAAUAUCACCCGGACAAGUUUGGCGAAGCACGAAGUGAAACACCCACAACUGAACCAUCUGAAGGAUUCCAUAACAUUUGCGUCAGUACCAGUGAACUCGAACGUUUAACACGCCUUGAUCGCAUCUACGAACUCAAUGGUCGGAUUCAUCUCAAAGAUUUCAACUAAUUGCCACUGCAACUUAAUUUAGUGCCACAGCCAACACAGCUUGGCCACAGCAGUAAUAAGCAAAAGAAAAAAUGUUAAAGUUUGAAGAAGUCUUGAUAGAAAUUUUUUUCUUAAGAGCAGAUCGUUAAAAUACGGAGUCAAUAUUUUUUUUAAAUCAAAUUUAUUUUUACACCUAUUUUUCUACCAAGUUUUUGUUAUAGAGCGCUACCAAAGUUGACAUCUAUAAAAUAAUAAUGUUUUACGGGUUAUUUAAUUUGAUAUCUCAUUUUUAUAAUAAAAAUAAAUACUUUUUGAAGGUCAAUUGAAAAA